GAGAGAGACAGAGGAAGAGGAAGGAGGAGAAGAGAUGAACAAAUAGACAGAGAUUUAGAAAAAAAUAAAGAAGAGUGACUGAUAAUUAGGUAGAGUGACAAUAGAGUAGGAGAGAGAAAUUAAAAGAGACGAGAGUUUGAGAAGUAGGGGAGAGGGAAGACUAUUAGAGUAGGAUACAUAGAUAAACAGGCAAGAAAAGAGUGAGAAAGUUGGAAAGAGGAGAGAGAAGAUAAGAGAUAGGUGUUAGUAGAGGGAAGAGAGAGAGAGAAUUAGCAUAGAGAGAUAGAGAGAGAUGAGGGCAGGGGCUUGCAGUGUGCAGCAGGCGCUGACGGCCGAGGCGGCAAGUGUAGUGAAGCAGGCGGUCAGCUUGGCCCGGAGGCGGGGCCAUGCUCAGGUCACUCCCCUCCAUGUUGCCAAUGCCAUGCUCUCCUCCACCAGCGGAAUCCUCCGCACCGCCUGCCUCCAGUCCCACUCCCACCCCCUCCAGUGCAAAGCCCUCGAGCUUUGCUUCAACGUGGCCCUUAACCGCCUCCCUUCUCUCUCUAACCACCCCUCUUCACUCUCUAAUCCUCACCACCACCACCACCCAUCUUCUCUCUCUCAUCACCACCACCACCACCCUUCUCUCUCUAACGCUCUCAUGGCCGCCUUCAAGAGAGCGCAAGCCCACCAACGAAGGGGUUCGAUCGAGAAUCAACAACAACCAUUGCUAGCUGUGAAGGUAGAGAUAGAGCAACUCAUAAUCUCUAUCCUUGAUGACCCAAGUGUUAGUCGAGUGAUGAGAGAGGCUGGUUUUUCGAGCACACAAGUGAAGAGCAACGUAGAGCAAGCAGUCUCUUUAGAGAUCUGCAAUUCGAGCUCCAUCACUGUAUCGGCUAAGCCAAGCAAGGAGCCCUCUCUCUCCCUACCCGCACUCUCUCUACCUACAGUGAGCACCGCCACCACCAGCACCUCGAACUAUGUGAAGAGCAGCCUCGAUCACGUCAAGAGCGAGGACGUGAUGAGCUUGGUGGAUAGUUUAAUGAACAAGAGGAGGAGGAACACUGUUAUUGUUGGGGAGUGCACGCUGAGCACUGAGGGUGUGGUGAGAGAGCUGAUGGGGAGACUAGAGAUAGGAGACGUCCCGGACAUGCUUAAGUCUGUUCAGUUUCUCUCUCUACCAGUCCUGAAUUUCGGACAUAUGUGCAGAGAGGAGGUGGAGCGCAAGCUCAGAGAGCUAAGGUGCAUAGUGAGAGGUUGUGUAGGGAGAGGAGUGAUAAUAUAUGUAGGAGAUCUAAAGUGGACUGUGGAAUUGAUGGUGGGUUGUAUUGAGCAAGUUGUGAUAGAGAUAGGGAGAUUGGUUUCAGAGAGUAAUGGAGAGAAUGGGAGGUUAUGGGUUAUGGGGACUUCAUCUUAUCAGACAUACAUGAGGUGCAAGAUGGGUCAUCCCUCUUUGGAGAGCAUUUGGGCUCUUCAUCCCCUUCCAAUCCCUGCAGGGAGCUUGGGCCUCAGCCUCAAUCCAGAUAGUGAAAUGCAAGGUGAAUUGAGAAGCAAGAAAGAUGGAGAUGGGUUGGGUGAGGUUUGGUGCUUAGAUGAGAUUGCAAUGGAGAAGAAGCAGAGCUUGAGUUGUUGUGCAGAUUGUUCUUCAAAAUUCGAGAAAGAAGCUCGAGAUUUAGUGAAGAGAGUGGAUGAUGAUGAUGAGUCUUGCCCCACUUCUUCUAAUUUGCCUGCAUGGCUCCAACAAUACAAGGACGAAAACAGAAGACUGACUUCCAAUGAUCCCGACUGUCAUCAAGUGAGAGAACUGAGCAAGAAGUGGAACUCCAUAUGCAACUCUAUUCACAAACAGCAGAGCUCAAGAGAGAGAAGCAUGGCUUUCUCUUCCCUGUCUCAAUCUUCUUCUCUCUCAAGCUAUGGGCAGUUCUACCACAACUGGACCAGCCCUAAUCAGCAUUGGAGAAACCACAACCAAUUGUGGAUCUCUUCAAAGGAGAGCUCCACAGAUCUCAGAGAAGAAAAUGGUGAGCCGACAGCAGCACCGAUCCUUUCUCUCUCUACAAGCACCAACCCGGCGAACGCUAACCCCAACCCCAACUCCUCCUCAUCCACCGAAACCAUGGACACAGACUCUCACAAAGCAAAGCAGCUCAAUGCAGAAACCCUAAAGACACUUUAUGAUGGUCUUGAGAAGAGAGUGCCAUGGCAAAAACACAUCAUGAAAGAAAUAGCCAUCACAGUCUUGGAGUGCAGGUCUCGUCUCACAAAGAGAUCAACACCAAGUUCUAGAGAGAGAAAGCAAGAUAUGUGGCUACUGUUCAAAGGCUCUGAUUCUCAAAGUAAAGAGAAAAUAGCAAGAGAGUUGGCAACCCUAAUCUUUGGCUCCGAAUCGAGCUUCUUAUCGAUAAGUCCGAGCUUUCCAGCCAUGGAAAGAGGAAAGAGAAGUAGAGAAGAACCAUGCUUCGUCCAUCUAGAGAGAUUUUCAGAAGCCAUUACUGAAAACCCACAUAGAGUAAUAUUCAUGCCUGGUUUUGAGCAAUCUGAUCAUUAUUUUCAAAUGGGUUUGAAGAGAGUUUUAGAGAGAGGAAAGGUGAUCGACUCCAAUGGCCAAGAAACCAGCAUUUGUGAUGCGAUAAUUGUAUUGGGGUGUGAGAGUUUAGAGAGAGAAAGUAGGGAUUUCUCUGCUCUAACAAGACAGAGAUCAGAAUCAAGUGUUGAAAUGAAUGAGAAGGCAAUGGAUAUUUUGUCUUUAGAUUUGAACAUUUGUGCAGAGGACGAGGAUCGAACUUGUGACCUCGAGCUCGCAAAGUUUGUUGAUGGAUGUUUCGUGCUCGACGUUGAAGGGGGCAGAAGCGAAAAUUAACAGAGUUUUAGGACUGUUCGUUUUCGUGGUUUUGUUUUGUAAAUUAUCAUUUUCACGUCAUACAUGGAUUGCAUUGAGACUUCUCCUCUUUUCUCUCUCUCUAACACAGUCUUAGUACUGUUUUUUUUUUGUGGUUUUGUUUUGUAAAUUAUCAGUUUCAGGUCAUACAUGGAUUGGAUUGAGCAUGCAA